CCAACCCGAAGACGCCAUCAAAGCCCUCGGCGACUUCCAGCACGUCUCCCGCCCCGUUGCAAUUUCCUUCAAAGAAAUGACAACACUAAUGCGCCAAUGCCAACAAGUCGAAGACGGCAAAUCGGUACACGACGAACUGGCCAAAAACAUCACCGCGCACCCAAUCGCCGGCCGGGGAAUCCUCGCCAACAACCCGUUUGUCCUCCUCAGCGGCAUCAUCCCUGGGACGAAGUGGUGCGGCACGGGCGACAUCGCCAAGGACUACUACGACCUGGGGGCCGAGCCCACCGUUGAUAAGUGCUGCAGAGCGCACGAUUUGUGUCCCGUUAAAGUUAGGGCUUUUUCACAAAGAUAUAACAUAACGAAUGAUUCGUUAUACACGAAAUCGCAUUGUUUGUGCGACGAUCAGCUGUAUUCGUGUCUCAAGGAAAAUCCCUCGCCCACGGCGCACAUUAUGGGGACCAUUUAUUUUAAUUUAGUGCAAAUCCCCUGCUUGGAGGAUACGCAGCACGGGAAAGUGUUCAGGAAGCCGAAAGAGAGGUUCUAA